CCCUCCCGCAGCCCCGGGCGGGCGGAUCGCGCUGCAGGUCACCUUGCAGGGAGGAGGAGGAAAAUGGAGGCCACUGCCCCAGUGUGACCUGUAUCUACAGUACAAUAUAAUACAGACCACCAUCCCACUCUCUGACAGCUCCCAGUAUGGAUGGUUUGAUUGAGCAGAACAAUGUGCUCAUGCACAGUAAGAUUGCUGAGGCUGGGAAAAGGAAUGGUUUAAUUAAUACAAGGAACUUAGUAGCAGAGAGCCGAGAUGGUCUGGUGUCGGUGUACCCAACCCCACAUUAUCAGAGCCACCGGGCAGGGAGUUCCCCAAGCUGCCUGGAGAAUGGCAGGAAUGACCCCGUGCAGCAGCUCCUGGAUCCCAACAUGUUGCAGCAGACCGUGGAGUCCCAUUACCGUCCCAACAUCAUCCUCUACUCGGAGAAUGUGCUGCGCUCAUGGGGUGAGAGCAUCAACUCAGAGUGCUGUGAAACCACAUUCAUUGAGGACCGCUCCCCUACCAAGGACAGCCUGGAGUACCCAGACAGCAAAUUCAUCGAUCUCUCAGCAGAUGACAUCAAGAUUCACACCCUCUCCUAUGAUGUGGAGGAGGAGGAGGAUUUCCAGGAGUUAGAGAGUGACUACUCGAGUGACACUGAAAGUGAAGACAAUUUCCUAAUGAUGCCACCAAGAGAUCAUCUCGGCCUCACUGUGUUCUCCAUGCUCUGCUGCUUCUGGCCAUUGGGAAUUGCUGCCUUUUACCUGUCUCAUGAGACAAACAAAGCUGUAGCCAAGGGAGACUUCCACCACGCAAGCUCCAGCUCCCGGCGAGCACUCUUCCUUGCUGUGCUGUCCAUCACAAUUGGAACUGGCAUCUAUGUUGGGGUGGCUGUGGCUCUUAUUGCCUAUCUAUCCAAAAACAAUCACUUAUGAGCCUCAGGAAAGAGGGACAACCAGCCGCCCAGCACCUGCACUGCAGAACUCCACCGCAGAUCAGACUGCAUGGUUUUCCAAAAAGAGCCAGAGACAUAGAAACACCUUCUGGGGGCAGGUACAGGCUAAGAUGGGCUUGUGCAUUGCAGUAGGGUGGGAAGCUGGCUGAGAUUGAGAUAGUUGCUGUAUUUGUGAUGCACAAGUCCCGCUUCUCUACAUGAAACCUUGUGAAAGGAAUAAAGGAAGAAAAGAAAAGAA